AUGAUGUUUUGGGCUGCAUUACUCCUGUUAUCGGGUAAUGCCAUUGCAGAGCGUCAUGACUCGGAUUUAAUGUCUUUUGUGACGCUCCCUGAGGUCCGAGCUUUAAAAUGGGAGGUUGAAUACUACGACCGCGAGCGGUUGGCCCCCGGAUACUGGUUCGUCGCGCCAUACGGGCAGAUCUCCCCAGAACAACCCUCCAUGAAAUAUCAGCAAUACCAAGUCGGACCCUACAUUUACGACGACAGUGGCGUCCUUAUAUGGGCUGGAGCACCCUUAUACGACAAUCAGAAUGUCUUCGACUUCAAGCCGGUGCACAACAUCGAUGACGACCCCCAUCUGUCCUUCAUCGUGGGUUGGGAAUACGACAAUUCCAAAAAGGGCCACGGCGCCAUUGUGAACAGCCAUUACGAGGUGGAAAAAGAGGUCCAGGCUCUUAGCGAUGUCCAUGAUUUUAAUAUGCAUGAAUUCAACAUUAUGGACGGAGGAAAGACUGCCCUGGCUUGCACAUAUCGUCCCCAGGUCGUUAGCAUGACUGAUUUCGGACGUCCAACGGAAGAGAGUUGGGUCACGGUUGGCGGGUUUGUUGAGGUGGAUGUCGAAACCAGCGAGGUUCUAGUCAUGUGGGAUUCAUUAGACCACAUUGCGCUGCACGAGUCGAACAUGUUCCAUGCCUGGGAUAACCCAGCCGGAGGAUCGCCUGGUUGGGAUUACGUACAUAUCAAUGCGGUCGACAAGAAUACGGCCGGUGACUACCUGAUCUCAUUGCGGUUCACCGAUACCAUUUACUUGAUUUCUGGCAAGGAUGGAAACAUCGUGUGGCGCUUGGGCGGACUGGAAAGCAACUUCGAGCAAGACUUCACCUUCUCCAAGCAGCACGAUGUCAAGUUUGUCUCGUCAGACGGCACUCGUCACGUUAUCUCAUUCCUGAACAAUGCCUCCGACGAACGUGGCUACGAUGAGAGGAUCUCCUCUGUCUUGUUCGUCGAGCUAGACACAGGUGUUACCCCUAUGACCGCCAAGGUUAUCAAACGAAUCAAUCGUCCCGAUAGUGGUCUCACCCGACUCCGUGGUAGCACUAACCCGCUUCCCAACGGCAACGUUUUUGUCGGAUGGAGCGAACGCGGUUACUCCAGCGAGCACGCAUCAAACGGCGACCUUCUAAUGACCGCUCAGUUUUCAUCAGACCGGUACUCAACCUACCGCGCUUACAAGGGCGAGUUCACUGGUCGCCCCACUGCGCCUCCCGACCUAGUGGCAUCCGUCUACGGUACCCACGCCGAGGACAUGACGACUAUCAUUCAUGUCAGCUGGAACGGCGCGACUGACGUCGUCCAGUGGAAGUUCUACGCACAGGCCUACGACCGCAGCCAGCCCGUGCUCAUCGGUACUACCAACAAGACCGACUUCGAGACCAUGUUCAUCACCGAUGGCUAUAUGGACUUUGUUUCCGCAGAGGCAAUCGAUGCCGAGGGAAACGUCAUGCAUACUUCUGCAAUCAAGCGCACUGGCAUGCCACCCAACUGGAAAGCAGCCGGCUGGGCCGGUGCUGACUCUGGCCCUACUCCUGAUGACCCCUCAAUCAUUGUCGCUGCCAACGAUAACACAGAAUCGACGCCUUCUGCUGACAGCCCCGGCGAUAAAGCGGCCGAAUUAGUCAACAACGGUACCUCCACUGGCUCUGGCGACCGCUCAACCUCCAAAUACACCGACGCGAAGGAGGUCGCCAAGGCCGUCUACCAGGCCUACGAUGUCAUCCGCGCAAUCGGGGCUCUCCUCAUCUUCAUCCUUGUAGCGAGCACUUUGGGCGGAGCUGGAUUCACCCUCUGGCGACACAUCAACGCCCGCAGUAGCGGCCGCUACCAGCACGUCGCCUCUGAGGAAGGUCUCCCCAUGGAACAAAUACCUCUCGCUUCCAACCAACGGCCUUGA